AUGCUGUACUCAGAGACAGGCGAUGCGGAUCGCAGAUCGCAGAUUGCAGAAGAAGUCCGGAUCUGUGCUCUGCUUGUGCAUCCAAAUAUCUGCGCUUUCUAUGAGGCUAUACAGGACCCAGAGUCAAAUAAGACAUUCAUUGUUCUCGAGCUAGUCCGUGACGGAAACCUCGACCAGUACGUUCGCAAGAGGUCGGAAUCGUCGCAAGCGAUCGGUAUCCGCGUGGCUCAAGGUAUCACCCGGCAGAUCUGCAGUGCCGUCAAGUACAUGCACGACAUACUGAUUGUACAUCGCGAUCUGAAGCCCAUGAACAUCCUCCUUGACAGCUCUACGUCGCCGGUCCCCGUGGUGAAGAUCACCGACUUUGGUCUGUCUAAGCAUAUGAUCAACGCCGACCCUCUCAAAACUAUAUGUGGUACUCCCGACUAUGUCGCGCCUGAAGUAACCAGCAGCUGCUACGGCCCUUCUGUCGACUCGUGGAGCAUUGGGGCUAUAGUGGUAUUUAUGCUGACUCGGUCAACCCCAUUCGUGUGGACUACUCUGAAGGGAAGGAGUCUCUGGGAGAAUAUGGCUUGCCGGAGGGUCGAACUCAGUGAGCUCGAGAAAGAGGUUGAUGGAGACUAUGCUUGUUUGGACUUUGUGCGCCGACUACUUCAAACCUCACCUGCUACGAGGAUGCGCCUGAGUGACGCCGUCCAACAUAUUUGGUUGCUGUGA